GGAAAAUAUGUUUUUCCACAAUAAAAUCUUCAAAUACACAAAAAUAUCGUAAUUUUUCAAGGAUACAGCAGUGACCCAGAAAUGUGGAAUCUUUGAGAUGAGGUCUGUCCUCCGUUCAAAAUGCGGUUUCCUCAACAAGUUAAAUUUCUGCUCGACUUUGAGUAUCUCUUCCGAAGCUUUCUCGUUCAAAGUGUCUAUUUCAUUUUGGACACCGUCUAUCUCCUCGACUAUUUCAUGUUCGUCUCCGCCGUUUGCUUCUCCUUCCACCUUCCUCGCUUUCCUAGGACUUGCCGCUGUAGCCAUUGUGAAAAUAUAACUAAAUUAAAACGGCGUUCCUUCGAACAAAAAGACAACAACUCUCUCACUCGUGGUCUAAUCAAAAGCUUGCUUAGCAACCUCGCAGCCUUGCAAAUGCGCGCCAAGUCCGGUGACCCAGUCUUAUAUCAUGUCCGGGGGGUGGGAGGGUUUUCAUGAUUUUUUUGCAUACAAAACUAAUAUUUUUCUUUCAAAAUGAAAUUAUAAAUUACAUAAAUACAUAUCAUUUAAAGUUCCUUGUACUUCCCUUCAAGUAUUUUAAUUUUAUUUUAAUGAAUUUUAGCAUUUUUAUCGACUUUAUGCUGGUCCCAUUUCCAUGAUAUAUUUUUGUAUUUUGUGUGAGCUGUUUAGGUAUUUAAGGGAUUUCCUAGGUAAUUCAUUAUAUUUUCUUUUAGUAGUAUUAUUUUGAAAUACGUACAAGCCAAAAAAAUAAAAUUUUCUUUGAAUUUAACGAAGAAAACUGCAAAUUUCAAGAUAUGCCGGGGGGAGUAUGCCUCAUCGAAAGCGCUCGGCCCCAGUCCGAGUUGUCUGACGCUUACCACGUGCAAUAAUUCUGAUGCAAGUUGAAUUAUGCAACCGUACAAUCUACCGUAUAGUACAAUAUAAAGUGUAAAAUUUCCUCCUUUUUUUUUUGUGAUUUAAAGCCAACAUGUUACGGCCGCUUGUAGGAAGGGUAUUUCCGCGUCGUUGUGUGUAUUUUACUGGUCAAUCUUUGCCACGGAUGAUGUGCACUGCUGAGAAAAGCAGUAAUGACUCGACGAAAAGCGAACAGACCGUAAACACUGAAGGAGAAUUGUCUGAAUUAGAUCAGAAAAUUAAACUUGUAGAAGAAAAAGAUGGCAUAAUUAAUGAUCUUGAGGUAGUAUAUUCAUUUUGGCUCCAUGAGAAAAUGUGGCAUUCUUUUAUUUACAUAGGCACAGAGUAGAUACAUAUACAGAGUUAUAUAACUAGUGUACCCACUUUUUUACCCGCAUGCUUGGCAAGUUACUAGAUGCAUGCAUGCAUCCCAUUGGAUGACAGCUCGUUUUAACUGCUCGCAAAACUUGCGAGCACACGCAGUUGAACAUUUUUUUCCCGGUAGCCUGAAAAAAGUGGGUACAUGAAAACAUAAGUUUCCGCAGUGUUUAUGAUGGCCAGUUAUACCUCUGUAGAUCUAUGUAUCUACUCUGUGAUGUAGGUGAUAGAUUUGGUUAUAGAAAAUUUCUCUACUGAUAGCCUACAAAUACAACUGCCUGAUAUUAGGCAUUCAGGCAACGGUCUGAUUUUUCAAGGCCGACAAAUGUCAGUCAGGUGGCUGUAGUCACAGGCUACUAGUAAUGGAGAGUUUAAGCUUUGCAUUCAGUGACAAACAUCAGGCAAAGAAAAGUAAAUGUGCUUGUUUUAAAACUAGAAUGUGUAAGUUCUAUUCCUGUGUCAUAUGAAAGAAAAUAUGACACACAGAAAUCAAACAAAAAUUAUGCCAGAAAAUUCAGCCUUGCCGUUUGCCGUACUUUUUUACACAAAGCUUAAGCUCUCUAUUAUUGAUAAGCAAGCAAUAUUUUUGACAACACAGAUAUCACACAUACAUAAUGGUAAUUGAACUGAGUGGAGUGCAAUUUGGAUUGAAAUCAAACGCGUGAUUACAAAAUUGCACGACCGCUAAGCAGGAGUGCGAUUUGUAAUCACAAGUUUGAUUUCAGUCCAAAAUUGCACGACACGAAGUUCAAUUUCCACUUUAUUAUAUUCAUUUUGAAAUCUUAAAUAUUUUUGUAAACCGGAAAUGUUUUUGUUUGCAAAAGACACACCUCCGGCACCUCCCUGAGUGCUGUAGCAUAGCAACAGUAAGCGAACAAGAUGAAAAGUUUUGUCAGUUUUGUUUAUAAAUACGUUCAAAUACUGCAAAAAAUGCCAAAAAUCUUAAAGAAAUGAAGACAUUUAUAAAGAAUAAGAGACAACACAAGUAAGUUUAAACAUAUUGUAGGUCUUACGAGUGAUUGAAAGAGUUUUGGUGCAGUUUUGUGCGUUUAAAAUUGGAAAUACGAUAGGCGAAUUUACCUUCUUUUUUUCCCGGAGUCCUGUCUGUCCUGACCAUAGAUAUCUUAUAUACACUAGAUAGCGCAUCUAAUUAUUCUGCAAUUCAAAAAUUGAAGCCGUGAUUGCAGUCUCAGGUCGUUCCCAUGAAAUGAGAAUAUUCGUUUGUUUUCUAUUUCUUAAAUAGGGACUUAAACAUUAAGUUAACCCUAUUCCAAAUACGUUCUUAAACUAUUCAAAUAAUGAAAGUUAUUGUUGUUUUUAAGCGUUUAUUAGCAAGUGGGAACGACCAACAUGGCCGCCAUCUAUUCAAAUGGGGGUAACCGCUGGAAUAUUCUUGGCUUCAAUUUUACUAACAGAGAUGCGCUAUCUAGUGUAUAUAAGAUAUCUAUGGUCCUGACACUUUAAAUUUGCUUUUGUUGGCAUUUUUGCCAGUUACUAUUUGUGAAAUUUCAAAAGAAUUAAAAUUUGCAAUUCUUUGAUAGUUUACUGUAGUUAUCCAUAUUUUUUUUGUUUUUAUGUGCAAAAAAUUGCUUAGGCACUCAAGAGUAUUAAAUCGUGACAUGUAAAUUUUUUGUUUUUGCUCAUUUGCCAUAUCACAUUUUUCUUAAAAUUCAUUGGCUGUUUGAAUCCUAUGAUUAAGUAUGAUUGGUUGGCUGAAGUCAGCACUCUAAUGUGAUUGGUUGAAAGAAGGUGCGAUUUCAGCACGAAUCGCACUGCUAGGAGUGCAAUUCGUGCUGAAAUCGCACACCUGUGAACCAAUCAGAUUGCAGAGGAAACACCAUUGAUUUCAAAGUGAAUAUAAUAAAUAAUUUAACCAUUGAUUAUGGUGUAAGCAGUCUGUGUUUGAAAUCAGGAACGGCAGUCAAUGCAGUUUCAUGUUCGUGAUUUCAAACGAGAACGGCUCUCGCCAUCUACAAAGGCUUGAUUCACUUCCAGUCAGCGUUUACUCUGUCUAAUGCCAGACAAUUUUACUUGUUGAAUGGAAAGUGUUGAUGUUGAUGGAUUAGUAAAAAUAUUUUUUCUAGGAUAAAUACAAACGAGCGUUGGCAGAAAGUGAAAACGUGAAAAACAGAAUGAAAAAACAAGUUGAAGACACACGACUGUUUGGCAUCCAGGGUUUUGCUAAGGACCUUUUAGAAGUGGCAGACGUUCUUGGAAAAGCCACAGAAAGUGUACCAGAUGAAGAAAUAGAAAAUAAUACACACUUAAAAAGCUUAUACGAAGGACUUCGCUUGACAGACCAACAAUUGCACAAAGUUUUUUCAAAAAAUGGUCUGGAGAAAUUGAGUCCUGUCGGUGAAAAAUUUGACCCAAAUUUUCAUGAAGCACUUUUUGAACAAGAUAUCCCAGGCAAAGAGGGAACUGUGAUUCUUGUCAAUCAAGUUGGGUAUACUUUAAAUGCGAGAGUUUUAAGACCAGCUAAAGUUGGCGUGGCAAAAGCAAAAACUUAAUUUAGUUUGUAAUUGUGGAGGAUUUGACUAAAGUUACUUUUUAAUUGGCUAAAUUGGUAGAGCCACGUUCCCAGAUUUCAAUCCAGCAUAAAAUAAAUUGUCAGGUGGCUAUAAUCACAGGCAACUACUGUAUGUUAAUAUGGAUGCUUUUUCAUAAAUGAUGAGAAUAUCUCAUCCAUUAGAUUUGAAUUAAUUAUCUUCUUAAUUGACUCUGUAGGCACCAAUAUGCAGGUUUAUGUCCAGUUUGAGUCCAACUUUGAAUAGAUGGUAUCAUAUUCCCCCAAUGACAGUUUUGAAAAAUAGAGUUGAAACACACCUCAGUCAGGUUUUCCUUGUAGAUUUGCUUGUAGUAGAAGCAUUACUUCCUCAUUUUAAUUUUAGCUACAAAAAUUUGAAACAUGACAACAGACUAGUGUUAUCAAUUUAAUGUAUAAUUAAAUUGUUUGGGUAGUGUUGAAAUCAGGCCAUUCACCUCAAGCGGUGAAUAAUUGAGUCCAUAUUUACAAAGCGUAGGCAGCAUGUGGGUGUGUUUGGGUCAAAGUGAUUUUCAAUCAAGGACUGUGACCACAAAUACUGUCAAUAUUUAAUACAAAUCUAGAUUUACAUAGAAUUUAUAUGCUUUUUGGACUUUUU